AUGCCGGCGUACCACUCGAGCUACAACGAGGAGCCGAACGUGCGGCAGAUCGCCUCGAUUUCGAUCCUGCCGCUGAAUACGCGCAGCCGCGGCCCUGCCCCCCCGCCGAUCGACCCGUCCCGGCCGGAUAUCGUGGAGGAGAGCAUUGACCUGUUCCGUGCGAACUCGCUCUUUCGCAACUUUGAGAUCAAGGGCGGUGCGGACCGCCUCCUGAUCUACCUGAUCCUCUUCAUCUCCGACUGCCUGUCGCGCAUUGCUGCGUCGCAUGGUCCGUGGACCAAGCACGAGGCGCUGAAGCAGCUCUCGUCGCACGCCGUCGACGGCUUUGCGCUCCCCGGCGAUGCCAACUUUCCCCUCUCGUCGCUGUACUCGGCGCCGGCGAGCCGCGCGGACGCAGACGCCUUGCGGCAGUACCUCACGCAGGCCCGCCAAGAAACCGUGACGCGCCUCGUCGAAAAGAUUUAUCAAGACGACGUCCCGUCGCGGUGGUGGCUCGCGUUUACCAAGCGCAAGUUUAUGGGCAAGAGUCUGUCAUAA